AAGCUUUCCAUCUAUGAUCUAUCCAUCAACUGUUACUGUUUAGAAGUAGUAAAAUUUUUUUCAAUCAUGUCAGCACUGAGACAUUAACCUCACCAAGGACGCGCCAAGGACUCGACGCGCCCGUCACAUCACCACAGCAUACCGUGAUUAGCGCGUGUGAAUCGAAAAUCUGGAUUUAGUAAUACAAAAAUCGCACAUGGCCUGCUCCAUAACUCAACUCCCCAAAAUUGUUUAACCAAAAACAAAGAGUUCCUUGUACAAAAAAGAUUUGUUACACUCGUACUAAAUUUAGCUUUCCUCCGUUCUGUUCCUCUUCCGCCAAACACAAACACAAGCAAAAAACAGGAAGAAAAAAAAACCAGAAAAGAUCUGCUUGUUUCUUAGACAUUUAAUUUAUUUACAUUUAAUUUCUUUUUUUUUUAAUUUCAUUUGGUGAUUUAUGUCUCGAGAGCCGAAUUAUGAGUUUCAGGAAUGGUGGAACAAGCAAAGGGAGAAGAACCACGAGUUUUUCACCAAUGAUACUAACAAUCCUAAUAACGGAUUCCUAACUGUCGAGAUCAACAGUUCCAAUCCUGAUCGGACGGCCGACAAAGAUCGCGCCAGAAGCGCACGCCAGCUGUCCUGGGUUUGCCUCUUGAGAUUCCAGCAACUCGCUAACUCCCUCGCGUCGAUCACAAACGCCUCCAUUCUCCUCCUCCGUACCGCCAACCGCCGAAUCUCCUCUGCCGAUUCCCCAUCCGAUUCCUCCACUUCCAGGCUCUAUCGUAUCAUAAAGUUCUUUCUGUUUCUGGUGGUUCUUUUACUUUGCGUGGAGUUACUUGCGUAUUUCAAGGGAUGGCAUUUUAGUCCGCCGUCGGAGGCCUCUGCGGAGGCAGCGGUCGAGCUUGUUUACGCCAAGUGGCUCGAAAUCAGAGCCGAUUACUUGGCGCCGCCGCUGCAGAGCUUGGCGAAUGUGUGUAUUGUACUCUUCUUGAUUCAGUCGGUGGAUCGUGUGGUGUUGAUGUUGGGAUGUUUCUGGAUCAAGUUUAAGAGAGUAAAACCGACGGCUGCAAUGGAGUAUCCGGUGGGAAGAGUAGAAGGAGAGAAUGUAGAGGAUUAUCCAAUGGUGUUAGUGCAAAUUCCUAUGUGCAAUGAGAGGGAGGUUUACCAACAAUCUAUUGCAGCAGUUUGUAUUAUGGAUUGGCCAAAGGAGAGAAUGCUGGUACAAGUUUUGGAUGAUUCUGAUGACUUAGAUGUUCAGCUCCUUAUCAAGGCAGAAGUACAGAAAUGGCAACAAAGGGGUGUACAUAUAUUAUAUAGACAUCGUCUUAUUCGUACUGGCUACAAGGCAGGAAACCUGAAAUCUGCGAUGAGCUGCAAUUAUGUUAAAAACUAUGAGUUUGUUGCAAUUUUUGAUGCUGAUUUUCAGCCAGCACCAGAUUUCUUGAAGAAAACCAUUCCUUAUUUCAAGGGGAACGAUGAUCUAGCAUUGGUCCAAACAAGGUGGGCAUUUGUAAAUAAGGAUGAGAACUUGCUUACAAGAUUGCAGAACAUAAAUUUAUCAUUCCACUUUGAGGUUGAACAGCAGGUCAAUGGUGUGUUUAUCAACUUCUUUGGUUUUAAUGGAACUGCUGGUGUGUGGAGAAUUAAGGCCCUUGAGGACUGUGGAGGAUGGUUGGAACGAACAACUGUUGAGGACAUGGAUAUUGCUGUUCGUGCUCACCUCUGUGGAUGGAAGUUUGUAUAUCUGAAUGACGUUAAGUGCCUUUGUGAACUUCCUGAGUCCUAUGAGGCAUACAAGAAACAGCAGCACCGCUGGCAUUCAGGUCCCAUGCAAUUGUUCCGCUUGUGCUUCCUUGACAUACUUCGCUCUAAGGUAAGUAUGGCCAAGAAAGCCAAUAUGAUAUUUCUGUUCUUUCUCCUACGGAAGCUUAUUCUGCCCUUUUACUCGUUCACCCUGUUCUGCAUCAUUCUCCCAUUGACAAUGUUCCUGCCAGAAGCUCAGCUACCAGCUUGGGUUGUUUGCUAUGUCCCUGGAAUUAUGUCUGUGUUGAAUAUUCUUCCAGCACCGCGAUCAUUCCCUUUCAUAGUCCCUUACCUUCUAUUUGAAAACACCAUGUCAGUGACAAAGUUCAAUGCCAUGAUAUCAGGACUGUUUCGGUUUGGAAGUUCUUAUGAGUGGAUAGUUACAAAAAAGUUGGGGAGAUCAUCAGAGGCUGAUCUUGUUGCCUAUGAGAAGGAAUCAGAUACUUUAUCUGAAGCUUCUAGUCUCCUCAGGUCCUCCUCAGAUUCUGGCCUUGAAGAGCUUAGCAAACUACAAGUAACCAAGAAAACUGGCAAAACCAAAAGAAAUCGUCUAUACAGGAAAGAACUUGCUCUUGCUUUUAUCUUGUUAACUGCCUCCGUGAGAAGCUUGUUGUCAGCCCAAGGAAUUCACUUCUACUUCUUAUUAUUUCAAGGGGUCAGUUUCCUUGUGGUUGGUCUUGAUUUGAUUGGAGAACAGGUGAGUUGACCGUUCGACACUAUAGGUGCUGUCUACAGUUCAUUGCUUCCAGGGAGUUUUCUUGAAAUGCAGGUAACAUUGACCCCAGCAUUUAAUCAAUUGCUAUAUGUGCUUAAUAGCCUCAAUGGAUCGGUAACAGCAAUUUUGCGGUCGCUGAUUCUGGACCGAAGCAGUUCAUUUCAUUCGUUUGUGCAUGACAGUGUUUAUGGCCUAUUAAUAUACUUAGCGGACUACCAUAACAUUUUAUGGUUGCCAGGCCACAUGUCAUCGGUUAAAAUAUAAAGUUGUACCAAACAAAGGUAUUCAAGUUUAGAAAAGAGAACCUUCAAAGUUGGUGUGGGGGAGGAUGGAAUUUUCUGUCCCGCAGAUUUUAUUUUUGUGUAAUGCAUUGUACGCUUGCUUGCCAUGACAAGCGACGCGAGGCAAGCAUCAUUGGUGUCAUUCUUUAUUUUUGUUAGACAGAUUGUGUACGAUUACUACACUAUGUCAGUUUUGACAUUGAAUUCAUGUUGUUCCAUUCUAAUGAAUCAAAAUUUAACGUCCCUAAUUCAGAACCUUCAUGUCAGUAAUUUGCUGCAACAAUUCUAACAGUGCCUCAUACCUCCAAAUUUCUGUUAUUGUGUGUAUGAUCUGAAACAUCGGUUUUUACGAAUAAUACAAGACUAAAUUUAGGAGAUUUCUAACUGAUUUAGAACGAAUUAUGAGUGGUAGUAAGGCAGUUGAAUGAGGGAUUCAAAAAUCGGAAUCAGAUAGUAAUAAUGUAGGAAAAACAAGAGAUAAGUGGUUUAUCAUUAUCUUAAAAAUGCAUAUAAAUGGCA